AUGGUUGAGAAACAGUUUUCUAAAAGCAUUAAAGUGGUUCAAAGUGAUGGAGGGGGUGAGUUUUCUAGCAUUGUAGGAAGCCUGCAAUAUUUGACACUGACCAGACCUGACAUAACUCAUGUUGUCAACCUUGGUAGCCAGUUCAUGCAGAAUCCCAACUCUGUGCACUUUCAGGCUGUCAAGAGGAUACUAAGAUAUGUACAAGGAACUAUUUCUCAUGGGCUAUGUAUUAUAUCUCAGUCCUUAUUCAGACUAUAUGGCUUCUCGGAUGCAGAUUGGGCAGGGUGUGCAACAACAAGAAGAUCCACCACUGGCUACAACAUAUAUCUUGGUGCAAAUUGUGUAUCCUGGUCCUCUAAGAAGCAAAACACAGUGGCAAGGUCAAGUGCAGAGGCUGAAUAUAGAGCCUUAGCUGCUACAGCAGCUGAACUCACAUGGAUAACUUAUAUUUUGCAGGAUAUUGGAAUAUACAUCAAGUCUGCUCCUACACUGUUCUAA